AUGGAUCAGAUUCGGCCAUUAAUUGAUCGCUAUGCUGUUGCAACUUUGAUGAACUUCACUUCAUUCAUCUUAAUAUGCAUAAGUUUAUUCUCUGAAAAUUGGCUUACAGUUUCAAUAAACUAUAUUGGAAUAAAGAAAAGUUAUAGUGCAGGUAUUUGCUGUAACAUGGCGCCUCUUGCUGGAUACUUGAAAGUUACUCUUGGCUUUAUGUUUACAAUCUUCUUCAUCUCCAUUAUCUGUCUCGGCAUUGGUUGUGCCGUAUUCUUUUUCAAAAUCAAAAAGCCUGAUGAGCAGAAAGUACCACUUCUCAAGCGAAUUUCUGCUCUUCUCAAUGCAGUCAUACUUGCAUGCGCUCUAUUCCUUCUAUUCUUCACAGGAAUAUCAUUUGCUACGAACAGUAGUUAUAAAUAUUUCAAAGCACUUGGGGGACAUUAUAAUUUAUCAACGUGUUACUGGCUUCUCAUACCAAUUGCCGUUCUCAAUGCUAUAUCGGCCUAUCUCUCCGUCAAUCUUAGAGAGGAGUUCAAUAGAUAUUAA